AUGGCUCCCGCAGCUUUAUCCGGUAACAAUUCGCAGACAAAGAAGUCAACAGUCCCUCCAGAAAGGAAAUACAAAUGCCAGUUUUGUUAUCGUGCCUUCAGUCGAAGCGAGCAUCGUAGUCGCCAUGAGCGAUCACAUACUAAGGAACGACCCUUUAAAUGCCUGAAAUGUCGAAGCACCUUUGUUAGAAGAGAUUUGCUACUCAGACACGACCGCACAGUCCAUGCCAAGGAUGGAGGUAUCCCGCUUGUCACUGAGGGCCGUCGACGUGGUGGACAAAAAGCAUCGACAACAUCAAAUAAACAGUCGAAACCGUCUAUCACAAUAGAUCCUGCCACUCUGGGUCAGAUCGACGCGAGCAGCGACGGUAUGGUAGAUAUUGAAACCGCUGCGAUGUUGAUGACGGACUUUCAACACAAGGCCGCUGCGGCAGCCAACAACCAACACCACGACGGCUCUGGUCGUGAACCUACGUAUUCGCCUGACCAUGCUGUGAUACUGGAACCUUCCGUCGCAUACCUAUCUGGUAAUGCUACUUUACCGCAGAUGCCUUGGGAUACCUUUAUGUCUACCCCGGAUGUUAAAUCGCACCCUUCAAGUCUUGAGUCCCAGGACUCGUCCCACAAUCAUCACCACCGCUCCUCCAUUGACAGACAUGGCAUGGGCUCUGAUAGCCUAACCCCAGCCCUACAUUCCUUAGUCAACUCGCUUCCAAUCUCUGGAAACUCCACGCCAAAUGAUCUUUCACCCUAUCACUCGAUGACUGGCCCUGUUUCUCCGGUAACCUAUAGGCGGUCUCCUGGCCCAAGCCAAGCCCUUACCUCACCGAGAGCCCCACAGAUCGCCAACGAUGCUGAUCGUGAUGUAAUUGUCAAUCGAGUCAAAAGCGCCGAUGUACUCGGGUCUCUCCCAAAUAGCUUCCAGCUACCGUCAACGCCAACUCUAAAUGGAUACCUGACAACAUAUUUCAACUUGUACCAUCAUCACUUACCGUUCCUCCAUCAGGAAUCGUUCGAGCCAUCCGCAGAGUCACCGCCGCUCCUUCUUGCCGUACUGUCCAUAGGCGCUUUGUACACCUUUGAGCGCGAGCACGCUUUCAUGCUACACAUUGGAUCCAAAGUGCUGGUUAAUCAGUUCCUGCAGCGGAAGGAGAACUUCGACUCGAGAAAGUGCCCCCUUUGGGCGAUGCAAAGCACUCUCUUGAACAUGGUUUUCGAAAGUUGGAGUGGCGAUUCCAAGGGUUUGGAGUGGACGUGUUCUAUCAAGAGUCUCCUUGCGAAUAUGGUUGCUGGUAAUCGUUACCAAUUGAAGCUUCGAAUAGAUGCCCGAGAAGGCAAACGACCAACUCGUGAAGAAUGGAUCGAGGAUGAAGGCUGUCGACGAACAUAUUACGCUGUAUACAUAUUUUUUGGCAUGCUGACACUGACCUUCAACCAUACACCUGCAAUUAGUUUUGAUGAGAUCGAGUCGCUGGACCUUCCUUCGUCAGAGUCAAUGUGGAACCUCCAGAUUUCGAAUGAUGACGCCUGGCGACGGGCCCUGGGCUCAUUGUCUCCCGUAACCGUUAGAGAAGCCCACGACAGCCUCUUCCGUGGUGAACCACUGCGAUACAGCGCAUUUGCCACACGUGUUAUGGUCAGUGCUCUCUUCCUCCAAGUUUGGUCUCACAAACGUAGUUCCCAGGCUCUGCAGGACGUUGUGACGGAAUUCAAGUUACGUGUCGCCAUCGAAACUUGGGAGAGGUCGCUUGAGUUUUGUGAGCCGGAAACGAUAGUUGUCCCCCUCAGCACGCCUCAGAGAAGCCACCCACUUAUCUUCAAUUCAAUGGCCAUUUAUCGCAACACGCAUGCCCGACUUGAAGUCGAUCUAAAAUCGAUCCAGGAAGCCCUUCGAUAUCACUCCCCGUACGAAGUUGCCGCAGCCAUGACAGUGGCCCGCGAAAAGGUCAAACGAUCCGAAGAAAUGAAUAAGAUUAUCCAGCAAUGCUUUGAAUGCAUUGAAAUAGCUGCCAUUCAAGGCAUCAAUUGGGUUGCGCAAACGUCUGCAACCAAUUGGAGCGUGGAGCACCCCCUCUGCGGUUUGGAUAUGAUGGUUAUUCUCAGCCUUUGGCUCUACCGUCUGGAACAUGACUCAGAAAAGGCUAGUGAGGCUGAAUUGGCCAUCUAUAACAAAGUGCGGAAUCUUUUCGAUGACGAUGCUGUUGACGCCUGUGGGUCGCAUCUCAGUUCCACAGUCGCACGGGUGUGGGGGAAUAUUCUGGAUGGUGUGGUUGUUUGGGGAAUCACCAAACUAAUGGGCGAGGCAUUCAAACUGCACUCGCAGGCAUUGGUAGGAUAUGAGGAUUCGAUGGUGACCUCUACUUCAGAGAAUACAUUGGAGCCCUUACCCUCCCAAAGCCUUGUAAGUGUAGGAGCAGCAUAUUAA